AGGCUUUGGCUAAUGAGAUGUUCUAGGUGCGCCCUCAUGUGGUACUUUAGUGAACAGGCGCUAAUAUUUUACGUGUGACGUACUUCACGUUACGCCAAUACACUUCCGGUAUUUAUAAAGCCCUCUUUCUGUACGGAUGCGUUGAUAAAUAAUUUUCAAUGUAGUUUAGUAGUGCUGUGUUACAAUACGUCUGACUAAAUACGCAAGAAGCCGAUUUAACAUACAUACGGUGGGGAGUUUGAUUUCCGCUGGCUGGUUAGUUCAGGGUGUGAGGUAAACCAGACGAGACCAUUUGUUUUGAACCAUUAAGUUAGCUGUAUCCUAAUUUGUUGGACAUUGUAUGUGCCUUGACAAAGUUGCUACGCGUCGUGAAUAAUUGUUCUGUUCUACUGCUGUCUCAAGUAUCUCAUAAUGAACAUUUUACCAAAGAAGAGCUGGCAUGUGCGCAAUAAGGACAACAUUGCGCGCGUGCGCCGCGACGAAGCUCGUGCUGCAGAGGAAGAACGCGACAUUCAACGGCGAGUGGAACGAGCAGAGCAAGAGACUCGAACCGAGUAUUUGAGAAAGAAGGCUCGAGAAGCCCUCCAGCAGACAGGGGAAUGGAGGGAGGAUGAAGAGACAGCAGAGACAAGCCGAGGAGCCAGAGAGAUAGAACACCUAAAUCUUUUUCCUUUAGAAGAUUCUGCUGAAAAGAAAGGAAAUGUUGAAUACCUCAAAGAGAAGAAAGAAGAGAAGGAGAAGCAGGAGCGUGCCAUUGGUCUUUUAGUGUCUCUAGGCCCCGCUCCUGGCACAGAGGCCACUCCCUGGUACCUGAAAGACCGACAAGACAGAGAAAGAGAAGAGACGAGGGAAGAGAAAGACAAAAAAGACAAAGGCAAAAACAGGCCAAAAACCAUAACUGAAGAGGAGAGAGAAAAGAAAGACAGGAAGCUGAAAGAUCUUUUGGAUCCUCUGAAAGAUAUGAAGAAAGCGCUGGCGGUGAAGGACAGGAAGGAGAAAAAGCAUAAGAAGAAAGACAGAGGAGAAAAGAGGAGUGGAGAUGGCUCUCAUGACAGCUCCAUCGAAAGGUUACGGGCCGAACGACUACAGAGAGAAGCAGAGGAGAGGAAAAGGACACAGGCUUUACUGAAAGAGAAAAGUGGUGGCGGCAACAGAGAAAAAGAUCAAGAACGAGAGCCGGGUGAUAGAGACAGACCAUACAACAGUGCCUACUUUCCUGAAUUGGCACGGAAAAGGCAAAGAAGAGACAGGGAUCAGUAUGGCUUAUAUUAGCUUUCAGAGGCUUUGAUUCAUUAAGUCUUGAAUUUGCAGAAACAAGACCCUGUUUUGUGAUUGGACAAGAAAUUACCCGUGUGUGAAGAGCUUUUAAAAUGACAGAUCACAACAUAAAAGCCAUCGAUCUGGCCUCUCCAACACAUUUGUUGGCAUCAGAUGGCUUGGUAAAAUAGGAAAACUGCCUGUCUUUGUGCUGACAGUACAGCAGCAAUUUAGACAUCAUCUUUUGAUUUAGAGGAUCAUAAUGGAUGUUGACCGGCAUACUGCAUCAGUAUAGUUUUCAUGUAAAACUCUGCAGCAUCAGCAUUUAAAACAAAGAUAAGCCAAUGUGUUAGACUGAGAACCCUUUGCUGCUGAUGUCAGAGUCCAUAAAAUAUGAUGUUCAUGUGUGAAUACUUUGUCAUACCCAAACCAGAAAUACAUACUAAAAUAAG